AUGUGUAGUGCAUUUGAUGUUGAUAUUAUUUACGUCGGACUUUUGUUUCAGAUGAGGGUUCGAUUUGCGUGUAUUGGCAACGACGUGUUUCUGGUCGGUUGCAUAGAGAGCCUGCGUAAUUUAUUCGUCUCGUUUACGACCAAAGAUGCUUGGGCAACCUCUCAGUUAGAAAGGCAGAAGAGCAACCUUCUGCUGAUCAAGGUGAUUAACGCGAAAAAUCUGGGCGGGGAGAGCGGUGAGUGGCGACUUUUCGUGUAUCUUAAGCUCUUCUGCAUUUUUUCUCACUGAAA